UCUCACUCUCUCUCUCUCUUCUCACAAACACAAAAUAUUUUCUCCUACUUCUCCUUCUUCGGGGUUUCAAUUCCGGUUGCAGCACAGUAAUAAAUUUUCCAGCCUAUCAGUCGAAUUCUGAAACUACUGUUUCGAUUUGCUCCGAAUUUUUUCCAGAAGUUCAGAAAAAAAUCGUAGAACAAUACUUCUUUAGAAUAGAAUUCUAAAGAAUUUCGACCCUCAAAAUCGCAAAUUCCUCGUUUUUCUAUUUUAUUUGAUUUAAUUUCUAUUUUCAUAUUUUCAAAAAAAUCUUAAAAAAAUUGUAGUUUCGUGUUCUUAUUUUAUUUGAUUUAUAACCAGGUUUUUAUAUUUUUUUGAUUUUAUUUUAAUCACUUUUCUAUUUUUCCAUUUGUUUUCUUAACCAUAACAUUGCGUUAGUUUAUGAACAGGUUUUCUAUGGAUUGACCAAGUGGAUGGUACCCCAAUUGCUUUUUUGGCCAAAUCAAGGUACCUCCUUUGGCCAAAGGGAGCAGGUGUCAAUUCUUCCUUACAUUGCUUCAUUGCCCUUGAAAACCUUGCACAAAUGGAUCUCGAGCAAUCAGUCAAAAAUCUUCAGGCUCAGAAUAGCCAGUUCCAAGUCUUGAUUCUGAACUUUGCCAAGGGGCAAGACGAGUUGAAAAACCUUGUUAACCCAGAAGAAAAAGGAUCAGCAUACGCAGCAAAGUUUAUUCCAUGGCACAUGCCGCUGUCUCAAGUUCUACAACAAUUUCUCAAUCAGAACUUGAUGACUCUGUUACCUCCAUAUUCAAGUCCUGCCAAUCCUGCUCUUGGGUACAAGUACAACGCAAGAUGUGCUUAUCAGUCGAAUAGUCCUGGUCAUGAUACAGAGCAUUGUGGACCAUUGAAGGAUAAGAUCCAAGAUUUAAUCAAUGACAAGAUCACUAAUUUCAAUUCACCUGAGGGACCUCAUAUGACUGAUGUUGCGCAUAACCAGAAAGGCCUUAAUGAACGCAACCAAUUUGUGAGGGCAGUUCUGAUCUCUACACCAGCUCCACAACAACGACGCAAGCCAGAUGCACCUAAACGUCAAUUCACCAAAAUUAAAAUGACAUUGGCUCAUGCAUUACAACAUCUAUUGAAGAUCGAACUGAUUACUCUGAGGGACCCUCCUAAGAAUCCCAACACCUCCACUCCUGGCUAUAAACUCAAUACGAAGUGCGCAUACCAUUCCAACAGUCCUGGACAUUACACAAACAAUUGCUGGACAUUGAAGAAUAAGAUUCAAGAUUUGAUCAAUGACGGAGAAACCAAAUUCAACCCUCUUGAAACUCUGUGGUGAUCACCGCUCCUAUGCCUAGUCAUGACAAGACUGAUUGACGUAUGGACGGACGAACUUUUGGAUCAUUAGAUCUACUUUCAUUUGCAAGUUUCUUUUCUGUUUGUUUAAACAUUUGACUCAUGAUAGACAUUAUCUGCUUUAAUAAUCAUCAUCAAUGCAUUGCAUAUGUUUGUCUUGAAUAAAUUAUUUCGCUAUCACUCAUUUUAAAUUGUGUAUUUACUUUGCAUAUGUUUUGUGUUUAUUCAACUCCUGCUAAGCUGUAAGCCUUUUAAGGGAGGAGGACGAAAAUGAUACCACAAACAGUAUGCUUUUGAACGGACUAUGUUGACGAUGUACAGACAUUGUUUCAAUUCCUAAACAGUGGAGAUAUAAGGAUGUUAAUCCCUCGUCAACCCCUUUUGAGCCGAAGAAGUAGAAGUUUAUUUCUCAUACAAAUUAAACCUUUAAUUAUAACAUGGGGCAGAGUAGUUACUCAGUUAA